AUGGUGAUCGGCAGUUUUCCAGUGGGAAAACUAUUCAUGUUUGGCCUGAAGCGGGUAAGCAAGCCAGUUGGCGAUCUUCUGAUGUGGAUGGGCAAACAUCACCCAUUUAUUCGGCACUAUGUCAUUAUGCCGCCGGCUCAACUUUACAACGUCUUUGAGGUCCGUUCCAAAAUGCGAAUGCUUCGCCUGAAACAGCCCAGGAGGAUUCCACGCCUUACACCUCCGAUCGCCACGAGAUUGGGCGCAGAUAUGCUGAGUGAGGCCAUUGUAGUUGCCAUUGGACUAGGACUAAUAUACUAUGAGGUUUCAAAAUCUUAUAAAAAUGAUCAGAAAAAACAACAGCAGGUUGAGGAGGAAAGAAGAGCUUUGGAUGAACGUGUGGAUCGUAUAAGUGACAAUAUUGAGCGGCAGGAACAUGACAUUAACUGUAUUAAGGCAGCCGUGAAAAACUGAAAAGUGACGUUUUUUAAUGUUUUGUAACCACUGUAAAUAGCCCGAAAUCUCUAUGGAUAAUUCGUUUGUUAGUGAAAAUUUGAAAAGUUUAUUUAUCUCUUUAUUAAUUUAAUAAGAUUCAUUAUAUUAACAAAAUAAAAAAUAAUUGUAUUUUAUACACAGAAA